CGGCUGGCGGUGACAACGGCGGGUGUGGCGGCGCGGGGCUGGCCCGCGGCGGGAGACGGUCGACCGGCGCGGAAGGUGGCGGAGAUGGAGAGGGCAUCGUUCUCGUCGACGGCGGUAGCAGGCGACGGCAUGGUCGGCAAGGAGCAGCUCGAGUACUAUCUGCAUGUCCUCGACGAGAUGGAGCGGGAGGCGACCGAGGCUGCCGAGCCUGGGACCCGGGUCAAGGCCCCGGCCUUUGACUUUAAGAAGCUCCAGGCUGCGCCCGUCGACUCGACCUUCUCGGUCCAGCUCAACUCGUUUGCCUUUCACAUGGUCGAUAGGUCGUCGGUCCGCGGGCCGCCGGCUCGUUCGCCGCUUAGCUCGACAGAGCUCGUUACCAAGGUCCUCGGCAUCGCCGAAGACGUCGCUGUCCCCGGCGGCAGUCGCGGCUCGCAAUGAGCGACCUCAACGCUCCCUUGCUUACUUACUCUUUCUCCCUAUCUUCCUUCUUUCCGCGCUGCAGCCAUCCAGACCACCAGGCACCGGCUCGGCCCCGUAUUGCCGGGUCUGGAUGCAGACACAGUCGCGCGCCUCCCCCCUCCCCUCCCUCGGUCGCCCCUCCCGCUCAGACGGAUGCAGCGGCGGCCCACCACGCGGUCCCUUCUUUGAUUGAAUGUACUGACUGCCGA